AUGUCUUCUUUAGGGCUGGGUCCCCAGCAGGAUUUAUUUCUGCGUCAAGGAAGAUUACAGCUAAUAGGAUUUGCUUCUUGGAGGCUGUUGGCAUGUUUGGUGCAAACCCUGCACAGUGCUUUCUUAAAGGACAAUAUGGACCCCAUUUGUCAUAUUUUUCUUCUUCUUCUGUCCUUCCACAAGAUAAACCCAUCUGUUUCAUCUUGUAUCACAGGAUGCUCUUGUUCUCAAGAGAGCUUUGGAAGGAGUUUGCUCUGCAUGUCUGUGCUGCUGAGGCGGAUCCCUGCAAACAUCCCUCAGGACACCCGGAAAAUUAGAAUAGAAAAUUCUCACCUAACGGAAUUGCCUCGUGGGUCUUUUGAGAACGUUAGUGCCUUGGAGUAUGUCUGGCUCAAUUUUAACAACAUCACGGUGAUGCACAUCAAGAGCCUAGAAUAUCUGCCGGCUCUGAAGGAGCUGCGCUUGCAAGGGAACAAAUUAAGUUCAGUGCCAUGGACAGCAUUUCAAGACACCCCGGCUCUGAAAAUCCUGGACCUGAAGCACAACCGGCUGGAUGUCCUUCCAGAACAUGCGCUUCGCUAUCUGCCCAACCUGACCUAUUUAGAUCUAUCCUCAAAUCAGCUUACUGUCAUAUCCAGGGAUGUCUUCUACAGCUGGCCUGUCUACCAGAGAAGCCAGAUGGUGGAGGGGCAGACAGAAGCUAUUCCCAAUGCCGUCCUGGCCCUUCACGACAACCCCUGGAUUUGCGACUGUCGCCUGCGGGGAUUUGUCCAGUUUAUCAAGUCGGUUGGCCCACCUAUUAUUCUGAUGAAUUCCUAUUUAACUUGCUCAAGCCCAAAAUUCAGGGCAGGGAAGUUUUUUCAUGAAGUGGAGCUCAAGAGCUGCAUGAAGCCCCUGACCUCAGCCCUUGACACCAACCUGACAGUCCCUGUGGGGCUGAAUGUCACCCUGACCUGCUUUGUGCAAGCCAGCCCUUCCCCAGCUGUCUCGUGGACCUAUGCACUCAAAAUGUUAAGGGCAUUUAAUG